UGGUGCUGCCGCAGCUGCCACCCCCCCCGGCUCGGGGAUGUACCUUUCCAUUUGUUGCUUCUUCUUCUGCUGGGCUCCUGCCCUGACUCUGAAGAACCUGAAUUACUCGGUGCCGGAGGAGCAGGGGGCGGGCACGGUGAUCGGGAACAUCGGCAGGGAUGCCCGGCUGCAGGCGGGGGCGGGCGGGCCGCCGCCGCCGGCGGAGCGGGGAGGCGGCCGGGGGACCAAAUCCACUUUCCGCGUGCUGGAGAACUCGGCGCCGCACCUGCUGGACGUGGACGGCGAGAGCGGGCUGCUCUACACCAAGCAGCGCAUCGACCGCGAGGCGCUGUGCCGGCGCAGCGCCAAGUGCCAGCUCUCGCUCGAGGUCUUCGCCAACGACCAGGAGAUCUGCAUGAUCAAGGUGGAGAUCCAGGACCUGAACGACAACGCGCCCGCCUUCCCCUCCGACCAGGUGGACAUGGACAUCUCGGAGAACGCGGCGCCGGGCACCCGCUUCCCCCUCACCAGCGCCCACGACCCGGACGCCGGCGACAACGGGCUGCGCACUUACCUCCUCACCCGCGACGACUACGGCCUCUUCUCGCUCGACGUCAAGUCGCGGGGCGACGGCACCAAGUUCCCGGAGCUGGUGAUCCAGAAGCCGCUGGACCGCGAGGAGCAGAGCCACCACACGCUGGUGCUGACGGCGCUGGACGGCGGCGACCCGCCCCGCUCGGGCACGGUGCAGCUCAACGUGCGCCUCAUCGACUCCAACGACAACAGCCCCGUCUUCGAGGCGGCCUCGUACGUGGUGGAGCUGCCGGAGAACGCGCCGCUGGGCACCGCCGUCAUCGACCUGAACGCCACCGACGCGGACGAGGGCACCAACGGCGAGGUGCUGUACUCCUUCAGCGGCUACGCGCCCGAGCGCGUCCGCGACCUCUUCAGCAUCGACCCGCAGAGCGGCCUCAUCCGCGUCAAGAGCAACCUGGACUACGAGGAGAGCGGCCUCAUCGAGAUCGACGUGCAGGCCCGCGACCUGGGGCCCAACCCCAUCCCGGCCCACUGCAAGGUGACCGUGCGCCUCAUCGACCGCAACGACAACGCGCCCGCCAUCGGCUUCGUCUCCGUCCGCCAGGGGGCGCUCAGCGAGGCCGCCCCGCCGGGCACCGUCAUCGCCCUGGUGCGGGUCACCGACCGCGACUCCGGCAAGAACGGGCAGCUGCAGUGCCGGGUGCUGGGCGGCGGCGGGGCGGGCGCGGUGCCCUUCGCCCUGGAGGAGAACUACGACAACUUCUACACGGUGGUGACCGACCGGCCGCUGGACCGCGAGGCGCAGGACGAGUACAACGUGACCAUCCUGGCCCGGGACGGGGGCAGCCCCCCGCUCAACUCCACCAAGUCCUUCUCCGUGCGGAUCCUGGACGAGAACGACAACCCGCCCCGCUUCAGCAAGAGCCUCUACGUGCUGCAGGUGCCUGAGAACAACAUCCCUGGCGAGUACCUAGGCUCCGUGCUGGCCCAGGACCCAGACCUGGGCCAGAAUGGGACAGUGUCCUACUCCAUCUUGCCCGGGCACGUGGGCGACGUCUCCAUCUACACCUACGUCUCCGUCAACCCCACCAAUGGCGCCAUCUACGCCCUGCGGAGCUUCAACUACGAGCAAACCAAGCACUUUGAGUUCCGCGUGCUGGCCAAGGACUCGGGCUCGCCCCACCGCGAGAGCAACGCCACUGUGCGUGUCACGGUGCUCGACGUCAAUGACAACGCACCCCUCAUCGUUCUGCCUGCCCUCAUCAAUGACACUGCAGAGCUCCAGGUGCCACGCAACGCUGGUGUGGGCUACCCCGUGGGCACCGUGCAUGCCCUGGACAGUGAUUUUGGGGAGAGCGGGCGCCUCACGUAUGAGAUCGUUGAAGGCAAUGAGGAGCACCUCUUUGAGAUGGACCCCACCAGUGGCGAGAUACGCACUUUGCACCCAUACUGGGAAGAACUCAGUCCCGUGGCUGAAUUGGUGGUCAAAGUCAGUGACCACGGCAAGCCCAGCCUCUCAGCCGUGGCCAAGCUGAUUGUCAGGGCCUUGGCGGGACCACUGCCUGAAGCCGGCGAGCCACAGGUGAAUGGUGAGCAGCAUCGGCGACCACAUUGGGACCUGUCGCUGCCCUUGAUUGUGACCUUGAGUACUGUCUCCAUCAUCCUACUAGCUGCCAUGAUCACCAUUGCCGUGAAGUGCAAGCGGGAGAACAAGGAGAUCCGAACCUACAAUUGCCGCAUCGCAGAGUACAGCCAUCCCCAGCUGGGAGGAGGAGGCAGCAGCAGCGGGGGAGGAGGAGGAGGUGGCAGUGGCGGGGGCAAGGGCAAGAAGAAGAAGAUCAGCAAGAAUGACAUCAUGCUGGUGCCCAGUGAGGGCGAGGACAGCAGGGGCCCCCUCAAUGUCAUGAACGUAGUGAGCAGCCCAUCCUUGGCCACCUCACCCAUGUACUUUGACUAUCAGACCCGUCUGCCCCUCAGCUCACCCAGGUCCGAGGUGAUGUAUCUGAAACCCGCCUCCAACAACCUGACUGUGCCCCAGGGACAUGUGGGCUGCCACACCAGCUUCACAGGGCAAGGGACUAACGCCAGCGAGGCUCCCCCGAGCCGGAUGUCCAUUAUUCAGACAGACAAUUUUCCCGCAGAGCCCAAUUACAUGGGCAGCAGGCAGCAGUUUGUUCAAAGUAGCUCCACGUUCAAGGACCCAGAAAGAGCCAGCUUGAGGGACAGCGGGCAUGGGGACAGUGAUCAGGCUGACAGUGACCAAGACACUAACAAAGGCUCCUGCUGUGACAUGUCUGUUAGGGAGGCACUCAAGAUGAAAACUACUUCAACUAAAAGCCAGCCACUUGAGCAAGCAUUCCCGACUUUGCUUUCCUUUGCUAUCCUCACCCUACACACCAUCACAAGUAGACUUCAGUCUGUUGAUCUGCUUCUGCCAGAACAAGAAGAGUGUGUUAAUUGCACAGAUGAAUGCAGAGUGCUCGGUCAUUCUGACAGGUGUUGGAUGCCACAGUUCCCUACAACCAAUCAGGCUGAAAAUGCAGAUUAUCGCACAAAUCUCUUUGUACCCACAGUUGAAGCUAACGUUGAGACUGAGACUUACGAAACUGUGAAUCCCACCGGGAAAAAGACUUUUUGUACAUUUGGGAAAGACAAGCGAGAGCACACUAUUCUCAUUGCCAAUGUUAAACCUUAUUUAAAAGCCAAACGUGCCCUGAGUCCUCUUCUUCAGGAGGUUCCCUCAGCAUCGAGCAGCCCAACCAAGACAUGCAUUGAGCCUUGCACCUCAACAAAAGGACCACUGGAUGGUUGUGAAGUGAAAUCAGGAGCCUUGGCUGAACCAAGCAGCCAGUACUUGUCAACUGACAGUCAGUAUCUAUCACCUAGUAAACAGUCAAGAGACGCUCCAUUCAUUGCAUCAGAUCAGAUGGCUAGGGUCUUUGCAGAUGUACAUUCCCGAGUGAGCCGAGACUCAAGUGAGAUGGACUCUGUUCUGGAGCAGUUAGACCGUUCAAAUCGGGAUUUAGGGAGAGAGUCAGUGGAUGCAGAGGAAGUUGUGAGAGAAAUUGACAAGCUUUUACAGGACUGUCGUGGAAAUGACCCUGUAGCUGUGAGGAAGUGAAAAAAAAGUGUAGGCUGGCACUUACUUGCCUCUUCUGCUUAUUUGGAGAAAAAUAAAAGAUCGCCCCUGGUUAUAACAGUUUUACAGGGAUGAAGGAAGACCAAUGCUGCUUUAAGGCUUUUAGUGAACGUCUGAAGUGCCCACAAGUAUGUUCUUUUCACUGCUCUUUCUUUUUCACAUAAAAUACUGGUUUCAUUUUGACCAAACUUUCAUUAGGACAGUGUGAAGUACAUUAAGAACCAAGAGAAAGAAGGAAAGACAGUGCCAUUUUGACAAUCUGAUAGGAAGGUAUGAGAAAUGAGGACUAGAACUAUGUCUGAUAUUUUAAGACUGUCCUCAAUAGUUGAUGCUGACUUUACUGUUUACCUAUAAACCCCAUGAAAAGCAGGGUUGAAUCAUUCUGAUCUGUGGUGGAUUUCCAGCAGUCACCACAGACUUCUACUGAAAGUCCUAAAAAAGAUUUUGUAGUAGUCCAAGCUACACCAAACAUUAACAUUCAUUUGUGGUAAACAUUUCUGUAUAAAGUUAUCUGCCACAAAAAAUGAAACAAAAACACAAACAAAAAUCAUUCCAGAUCAUUAUUCAACAAAACAUAUCCUGGUCAUUAGUAACACAACUCAUAUCAUAUUAAAGUUAAAUGUAAAAUGUUAUAGUCCAUUUUGUCCUGCACACACAUAAGCUAAUUCACUUGAUAAAAAGAAAAAAAAAGGUUUUAAUGCCUAUUUAGCAUUUUAGUGUCCAACAAAAAUAUAAAUAGUUAGCACUAAGUUAGAAACAAACCUGUGGUAUAAUAUAAGUUUGCAAAAAUAGUUACCUUUGAAGGGUAAUACAUGAAACAAAAUAACAUUAUUAACACUUUUUUAUUAAUUUGUGGACACUAAAAUAGCUCAGGAAAGUGAAAAUGUCUUAGACAUCUACACAAAUUACAUGACCAUUUAAAUGUGCAAAUGUAAGAAGAUUCAAUGUGUUUACAUCAAAUGACAUAUUUUUUAUUGAUUUAUUGCAGAUUCAGUGCAUAUGAGCCAAAUUGUUGAGUGUAUAAGAGCUAUAUUGUGUAUUUUAUUAAAUUAAUAUAUAGUUGUGUUGCAAAAAUAUUUGGGCUUAUAUUGUAAAUGGCAAGUGUUGCCUCAGUAGCUGUCGAACUCUAUGAGUUUUGUUUUCUCCUGCUUCCUUUUCCCCAUGGAGUGUGGGAAGCAGUGCCUCAGAGCAAAGUCUCUUGUUUAAUGUAUGGUCUACAAAGUACUUCAGUACAUAAUCUGUUCAGAAUGUGUUUGAGUGAGCUGAUGGAGCUAACUGAACGGCCUACAAAUACAACUAUCAGUCAUGGUUAUGUGCAAGUCCUUCUAUUGCAAACCCAUGUUUAAUAACAAAAAUUACACUUGAACCAACA